UCCAGCCCGUCUUAAUGGAAUCAAAAGACGGCAGACAGUUGGAGCCAGUGUUUCUGUGCCUCUUUCCUCCGUUAGCUGAUGACGUAGUAUAUGACGUAUCAUGGUUCAUCAAUGACGAGGAAUUGUCCUGGGCGGUAUCUACUUUUGUAUCGUACCCUGACAUAAACUCUACUGCUCUCAGACCCUCCAACUGGACCGGAAAUUACUCACUAAAUUUCGAAGUUGCUUGUGCAGUAAAAGCAUAUAAUCCGUCCACAUCUGUUUCUGGUCCAAUUUAUAGAAGCCCAAAGUUCUUUGCUGGGAUUAAGCCAGAACAGAAACAGUAUUACGUUAGCGAGGGAAUUACAUCACAGAUUAAACUCAGCAGCACUAUGCCGUUCAGUUGUCCAUUAUCCUUAAGUGAAGAAAUGCGAGAGGCGUUUUGUACGUAUUACUUCUUUGUUUGGACACCAUCAGAGGAUAGCUGUAGGAAUGGGAUGGCUAGCAAUGGGAUAGCACUGACUAACCAGCCCUGUGGGGUGACGUUUAACUUUAGAGACUGGGGCAAUAGAAGUGUACAUAUAAAUGUGACAGGUUAUGUAGAUGGCAUGAUUAACUACAAUGACAGGACUACAUAUCUACACAUAGCGUCAACAAGGAAUCCCAUGGAUCCGUUGGGAAUAUGGGACAAUCUAAAUGUUGAAGGAAUUGCGGUUAAAGUGGGUGACCGAGAUAUAUUGGUGAUCGGUCGUCAGUGUAUAUCCUCAAACGACCCACAUAUGACGACAUUUGAUGGGAAACGUUGGGAAAACCAGAGAACUGGAACAUUUGUUCUAUAUCAGCACAAAAUAUUACCGUAUACAGUCCAUGUUAUUUAUUCUGAAUGUAUGCCAUGGCGCGCCACUUGCAACUGUGGAGUAGCAAUCAGAAAUGGGUUUAGCUAUUACAUCGUCAGGACCUGUGAAAUAAUUUCGUUACAAAGUACCAAAUUGCUCUCAGUUCCUUAUGAGAAAGAGCACCUCUGCGAAGCUACCGACCUCAAAAUCGUAAAAAUUGGAAAGUAUUACACUGUAACCCUCCCAUCUGGAACACAAGUAUCGUUCUACAUCUCAUCUUGGAAUAACUUUAUCGGGAGUGUGAGGAUCCGAGCUUCUGUGUCAGACAUUGAGUCGUCCCUAGGUUUGUGUGGAUUUACUAAUGGCGAUACAUCUGAUGAUUUCAUCCCAAAAGACGCCAGCCAUCCCACUGACUCCAGCACAUUUGCACUGUCAUGGCGGUAA